AUGCUCAAACGUUUAGCCGGAAGAGUAGCCAUCGUGACUGGUUCGACCAAAGGAAUCGGCUAUGCCAUAGCCGAAAGACUGGCGCAAGAAGGCGCUAAGGUUGUAGUAAGCAGCCGGAAACAAGCCCACGUCGACGAAGCCCUAGAAUCGCUUUCGAGCAAAGGCUACCAAGUCUCGGGCCUCACCUGCCACGUGGCCAAAAAGGAAGACAGGCAGAAGCUGCUGGAAGAGGCGUCUAAACUGGGCGGGUUGGACAUCCUCGUGUCCCACGCCGGCGUGAAUCCAUCCAUAACGAACGUGUUCGGUUGCACGGAGGAGGCCUGGGAUAAAAUAUUCGACGUCAACGUGAAGACCGCCUUUCUGCUGGCGAAAGAAUCGCUGCCUUUGCUGAAAAACAGCAAGGCCGGACGGAUCAUGUACACCUCUUCUGUCUCCGCCUUCAGGCCUUUUCGGGAUAUGGGGGCUUACGGGGUGAGCAAGACGGCCCUGCUGGGUCUCGUCAAAGCGGAAGCUUUCGAUUUGGGGCCUUACAAUAUCACCGUGAACGGUAUAGCGCCCGGGUACAUCGAAACGAGAUUCGCUGAGGUUUUGACUCCGAUGAAAGAGACUUAUGUGGGCGAAAUGAACAUAAAAAGGAUCGGUAAACCCGAAGAUAUAAGCGGAAUCGCAGCUUUUCUGGCGUCUGAUGAUGGCGCUUAUAUAACGGGCGAAACUAUUGUUGCAGCUGGCGGGUUGCUUUCUAGAUUGUGA